AGGUCUGCGGAGGAGCGGAACGGGAACCGGGCCGGUGACGAUGGUGAGGUGAUGGACGAGGGGAGAACGGAACGGCUGGGGAGAAUUAAGCUCAGGAUUAUUAUAGACGCCCGGAGCGGCGGGGGCCCGGAGCCUGGAGGCAUUGAAUAAGAGCUCAGUAUUUACCCCGCGGCGCCCUGAAGGGCGGGGGAGGCAAGCCCAGGUCUUCAUGGCCGCCAUGUUGGUGAGGGAAGGCAAUUGGGCGGAAUCUCUGCACUGACCACCAUCUUGGGUAUCGAGAAAGAGGAUUCACGGAUGAAAUAUUCAAAUUGAGCAGCACGCGGCGGUUGUAUAAGAGUCACGCCAAUUCCCAGGCAUCUGAAUAUCACUGGCCUUUGAGGGCGGAUCGAAAGAAAAAUGUUUGUCAUUGUGUCUGCUGGCUUUCAAACUUUGGUGAGACCAGAACAGCGGGAAGGCAUCCAAGUGAAAGUCUUUCAGUGCAAUUACCCAGGUCCACAGCCUUCAGUAGCACUGCACCACUCAGGGUGGUAUGUGUGACCUGUGUGUAUGUGUGUGAAACUUUAGCCAGAGAGAGCAACAAGAGCACUUUACACCAUGGAGAAGCCAUGGAAAUGUGGGGACUGUGGGAAGGCAUUCAGCUAUCCAUCGCAGUUGGAAAACCAUCGCCGCAGCCACACCGGGGAGAGGCCAUUCAUCUGCUCUGUGUGCGGCAAGGGCUUCGCGCAGUCCUUCUGCCUCCAGUCGCACCAGCGGGCUCACACUGAGGAGAGGCCAUUCAGCUGCACGUACUGCGGGAAGAGGUUCCGGUGCUCGUCCAACCUCACAGCCCACCGGCGGGUCCACACGGGCGAGAGGCCGUUCACCUGCUCGGUGUGCGGGAAGGGCUUCACCCAGUCCACCACGCUGCAGACCCACCAGCGGGUCCACACGGGCGAGCGGCCGUUCGCCUGCUCCGAGUGCGGGAAAGGGUUCACCAACUCGUCACAGCUGCUGAAGCACCAGCGGGUCCACACGGGCGAGCGGCCGUUCACCUGCGCCGCCUGCGGCAAGGGCUUCGCCCAGUCCAACAACCUGCUGCGGCACCAGCGGGGCCACGCCGGCGAGCGGCCCUUCUCCUGCCAGGUCUGCGGCAGCGGGUUCACCCACUCGUGGAACCUGCGGGCCCACCAGCGCAUCCACAGCGGCGAGAGGCCGUUCGCCUGCUCGGUCUGCGGCAAGGACUUCACCCGCUCAUCCCACCUGCAGACUCACCGGCGCAUCCACACCGGGGAGAGGCCCUUUGUCUGCUCGGUGUGCGGGAAGGGCUUUACCCAGUCACAGCACCUUCUGUCCCAUCAGCGAGUCCACAAGUGACUGCGGGAGGUGGAUUAUCCAAAUACUACUGGUCACAUCCGGUGGUUGAUAGAACCCCUAGCGGGGAAAGGGGCCGUUCGGGCUGUCAAAGUCUGCACCGACCCCUCCAAAGGGCGUCCCACCCAGACCUGACCCCUUUCCCUGUCUGUAACCCAGCAUUUCCCAUGACUAAUCCACCCGGCCUGCACAUCCCCAGAUUGCCACGGGAUAAUUUAGCACGGUCAGUCCACCCUAACCUGCACGUCUUUGGACUCUGGGAGGAAACUGGAGGAAACCCGUGGCAGGGGCGGGAUAUCGUGCAAGCCCCACAUGGCCAGAACUGGAAGCGAACCCGGGUCCCUGGUGCCGCGAGGCCGCUGUGCCAGCCCCCUAAGUCUGACAGCGUUUGGUUUGUUUUCCGCUGGCAUCGACGUUCCCCAGUAACCGGCUGGAGUUUCGUAUUCUGGAAACGUUGGUGAUUUUUGCAACUGCUUUGUUCCAUUUAGCAUCUUUCCCCUUAAUCCGUGAACUCUUAGCAAGAGCCAUAAAGUGUGGAACUCUCACCUCGUCCUCGGGUUCACUUUUAGGACAAAAUGAACAGUGCAGUGCUUUAAAGUAUCCACCGAUUAACAUUUCCAAUUAGAAAGCGCUGAUUUCUAAGAAAUCAAGGGAACGUUGCCACAGUCCUACAGGAUCCCUCCAGCUUAAUAAUAUCCUUCACUGGUGAGAGAAGGGCCAACGCCUUGUGGUGAUUUUCGCCUGAAGGUCACUGUACCUCAGGUGAGUUGAUAAGAAUAAUCCUUCAGCUUUUGUGGGGAUUGAACCGGCACUGCUGACAUCGCACUGCACCGCAAGCUGGCCAACGGAGCCCCCAGAGUGCCAUUUAAUCCUUGUCGACACUUCCUUCCGACUCUCACGUUCUUCACAGUCGCACCUUCGUUGUGAAAUCAAAUCGCGAGGGGCUGAAAGUGAAGUGAAGGGCUGUAGCCCCAGAGGUUAUCCUCCCUUCAGAGUGAAAUAAUAUGUCGCAGGUUUAACCUGGUGGCAGGUGGCAGGGGGAUCAUGGCAUUUUGGCCAGAACUGAGAAGGAUGGGGUCUUUGCAGAAUCGAUCCCGCACUGUUGGGGUCGCUCAGCAUCGCAGACCUGCCACUGUACCCAGGGUCAUUCGUACAGCAUGGAAGCAGACCCUUCAGUCCAACCAGUCCAUGUGGGGCCUAAUCCCAAACUAAACUUGGCCCAUCUGCCUGCGCUUAACCCAUAUCCCUCCCUUUCUUAUUCAUGUACCUAUCCAGAUGUCUUUUAAAUGAUGUAACUGUACCCACCCCCACCACUUCCCCAGGAAGUUCACACCACACACGCACCAUUCUCUGUGUAAAGAAAAUUGCCAUUUAUGGCUUUUUUACAUCUCUUUCACCUUUUAAAAAUAGUGCCCCUUCGUCUCGAAAUUCCCAACCCGAGGGAAAAGACACCUGCCACUUGCCUCACCUAUACCCCUUAUGAUUUUAUAAAUUUCAACCAUCUGCACUUCAGUAAACAUGGCCCCAGCCUCUCCUUCUAACACAAACCCUCUGUUCCCGGCAACAUCCGGGUGAAUCUCUUCCGAGCCCCCUCUGAAUAAUAUCCUUCCUGUAAACAGGGAGGCCGGAAUUGGAAAUGUUACAGCUGUGAGUCAACGUUGAUGAAGUCACGCUUCAAACUCAGCAUCUCCAGCACUUGGUAAAGGCAGAAUGCGCAACAGAGAUUUUCUUUUAAUAAAGGAUCCAUUCCCAGCAUGAAGGUGUUUCUGGCUAGGCUAGCACUUGGUACCCAUCCCUAGUUGCCCAGAGGGCAAUUGAGUCUGGAGUUACAUGUAGGCCAGAUCAGGUAAGGAUGGGAGUUUCCUUCCCCAAAGGGUGCAGGAUGAGUUUUCUGCCCCAAAACAUCAUGAUUAGACUGUCAAUUUUGUUUUUUCUAAAAUUGAAGUUGAAAUUCCACCAUCUGCCAUGGCAGGAUUUGAAGCCAGGGGGUUCCCCUGGAACAUGACCUGGGUCUCUGGAUUAACAGUCCAGUGAAGAUACCACUAGGCCAUUGCCUCCCCUUGCUGCCAUUGGUCUUUGAAGUGAAAAGUGAAACCAACUGGACGCAUGACGUUAAUCCAGCACCGAGAGCAGUGCCAAACCUGGACAGCAACCAACAGAAUUAUCAACGGGCUGAGAGAGACCAUGCAAACAAGCACUGGGUCAGUUAUGGCAAGCAAUCCGAGCUGCCCACGACAGUAUAGAUUGACGUGCUUUGUAUGAUGGGAUCUAGAUGGUGCUUGGGCUUUCACCGUUCCCGGGGUUGUCCCUCCCGAAACUGGCAAAGCUGCCCUGACUGACAGGGAGCAAAGAGUUGUCCCGUUGGGCUGAACACGGCUGUGCUCCCCGUGAGGUGCCCAUCCUCCCAGCGUCUGACACUUUCCCAACGCUUCCUGGUUAAGUCGGACGAGGAGCCCUGAACGUUGGAAAACGGCUGCUAAUCGUUCAACCAGCACAGGCGGCGAUAGCCUGUCAGCUGCGCUGCUCAAACAUUGCAAAGUCCUGACCACUCCUACUGCUUUGCAGGUUUCGACAAUGUGAUCAGCUCACAUGGGCACUGACAGCGUCACGGGCGUUUUGAGAGUUAAAACGCUGUGCUGGAUAAAACGCUCUGCCUUUUGUGAACUAUUCAGGCCGCUUGUUAUCUCUGACUCAUGAGUGCUUGAGAAAGGGAGAUAUGAAGUGGAACUCUAAAUCAGUGGCAAACACUUCUGUCUCAAAUGUAAAAGCACAGUCCAGCACCACCAAAGUAGCAUCAUUGUUUCUGAAUUUGGAGUUGAUAAAAUAAUUUGAUUUGCUGUUUCAAUGAGUUGGACCAAAGGGUCUGUCUACUGUCCAACUCUGAGCCUAAGCACGUAAAGGAAAUGUUUAAGUGAGGUUUAUUCUUCUGUAAACUUAACAAAACGAGAAAAAAAAAGCAAUCUACGUAAUUUCUGAGUUGCCAGAGAAAAGUCGGGAAGUCGGAUAAGUUCCAGAGGACAUGCCCGAUUGAAAAACGCCAACACGGAUUACAACACUAGGGGAGAUUAGAACAACUUCAGGGGCAGCUCGCUCAGUGUCAUGGAAGGAGGCCUUCAGGAGGGUCAGGUUCGAAAAGUGUCUAUCCGCUCACAGACCGAGUGUGGCCAGAGACUCAGCGAGCUUUCUGCACCAGUGGAUCGACGGGGAGGACACGGUCCUCUCUGCAGACCAGCGAGAUUGACUUCGGUAUCCAAACCGUUGCACGGCGUCAGCAGGUCAGGACUCGGCAAAGGAUUUGGAGGAGAAUCAACCCACCCACCAGUGCUCCCCAGUCCUCUCCUUUCACAGCCUGACUGCACAAAGUCGAAUGAAGAACGAGUGAAACAAACACAGCAUUCGACGAUUCGCAGCCACUUCUGAGCAUCAGGAACAAGAAUGACGUCUUUCGGAGAGACGGAGCAGGGAGACUUGAAGUGAGGAAUGGGAACAGUGCAUUUAAAGUCUUGCAAAAAGGAUCACACUAAAUCGCAACUUCCCAAUCCUCAAUGUUGCAAUUCUCCACACCGUGUGUGAGCCUGGACUAAUUCUUUCUCGGGAACGAGAAGGGGGAAUGUGUGAGACUUAGUGGUGGGUCGGGGAGUGGUGAAUCUUCACCUACUGAGCAAGUAGGGAGAUUAUUACCUGAUUAAUUUAUCAGGACUCUGAUUAUCAAUGUGAUCCAAUUCAGACCAUUCACCUCACAGAGCUGGAACAUAAACAUGAGGAUCCAAAUUAUUGAUGUAAUGCAGCUCUGAUCAUUAAUGGAAAUGAUUGAGAUUCUUUUUAAAAAAAACAGCUUCUUGAUUGUUGGAA